UCGGCUUAUGGACCAAGUAAUGUAUCGUUGACAGUCACUUUUCGUAUUGCCGUCCACUUAUGACGAAAAGCCGCUGGAGCCUCGAGCCGACGCCAGAGCACACGUGAAAAGCGAAUGUGGAAAGUCCUUGCAAGUGGUGGAGACUGGUGUACGGUAGUUGCGUUGCAGCCGUUCUUUUGUUUCUCGGAGGCCUUUUCAACCAUUAUUAACGUUAUAAGAAAUAAUCGGUGUCUCCGACCGAGCCCGUCGCCUCGGCAAACACCGCACACACUGCCAUUAGCGUCUUCCUAGAGUGCGACCGUCGUUCGUGCAGCAGGUCAUAACUUUGAUAAGCCAAGGGCCGCUACAAUAAUAUAAAAUAUUUCGACACCACGGAGCAGAUAAUAUCGGUAAAUUUUGAGCUUUGAAUCAAUGGAUUCAGUGACUAUUAAUUGAUUAUAAAAGUAAAUUAAUUGGUAGGAUAAAACUCGAUUUUAAAGCUCAUUUCGAUUUGUCAUUAAAAUAUAAUGCAUAACCAACGAUUCAUUGUGAAAUACAUUGCCGUUAAUACGUGUUAUUUGUAUUUGCCGGAGUAUUGUUAUUACAAAAUCAAGACACAGUUGAAUGUCGCGAAAGUGAGACACAAGGAAGACUAUUAUUACUUAUCUAGGUACAUGGGGCCAAGUCCCGAUAGAAAUAAUGUCUGCCUCAGCGCAACAUUUGCAAGGACUUUAAACAUUAACGAGGGCGAUGAGGUCUUUGUGUCUUGCUUCGAAGAUGCGCCAUCCUUAACGAGCGUCAGCGUCUCUCCUAAAACCUUGCACGACCAAGAAAUAGUGGAUAUGCAAACUGAAAAUAUCCAAUCGCAUCUAUUAAAUCAAAUUUAUAUAGUAGCAAAAAAUCAAUCAAUAGUUUUUUGGGUGUCAAGAUCGACGUCUAUUACAUUAAUUGUCAAUUCGCUUUAUCCGAACUAUAAGUACGGGAAGCUGCAGAUGCGUACUCAGGUUUUAGUAGUCAAUGCGACCGAGCUACUGAAAAAAGACUCUUAUGAGAUUUUUCGUGAACUUUUUCAACCGGCGCGACCUUUUUACGUAUACCGAGUUCAUCCGCUGUUGAAAUCUGCAGCCGACGAAGUACCGUAUUUUCCUUUCCACGGUUACGUACAUCCAAUGACCAGAGACGACGAUGUCACUAAUAUUUUCAGGCUGUAUAAAAUAAGCGAUCAGGGAUCAUUCAAAACUUUAUCAGAUUUCAAAUUCCAAAACAUAGACAAAUCUGAACCAAUUACGAUCACAAUUGGCUCAUUAGAAGCUUUCUACAAAAACUCCAAUGACGUCAACAAAAAUUAUUAUACUUAUUUUACAAAACAUCCAUGUAUUUACUUGAAUAUUGAUAUAAUGAAUAUGUUAUCGAUAAAUGUGGGUGGCAAAGUAAUUUUAGAGCCGCUAAACGAUGAGAAUAAUAAUUGUGUUAAGUGCACAGCUAUUGAUAUUCAGACUACUAAUGACCGCAUUUCCGUAGAAGAUUUUUGUAGCUUCAUUCGCCGUAAUUCAAAAAAUGAAAAAAUAUUACUAAAUUCAAAUAAAAUGUUUAGGCUCGAUAGUGAAACCUGUUUCAGGAUUGCGUUGCAUCCGGAUGUUUGUUCAUAUGCAUUUUUUGACGAGGAAUCUAUUAAGAAUAUUCGUAUCACAACCAGUAAUAAACUCGAUUAUUCUAACGAGGAUCAACAAAAGGAAGAUUUUGUAAUUAAAAAUAUUUUUAUGGAUGUAUUUCAAUCUAUUAUUACGGAAUGCACAAAUGUACUGACGCUCAGCUUAGGAUUUCAUAACAUUACUGACUUACUGUACGAUAGGGAAAACAUUUUAAUUAAAGGCUGCAGAGGUUCCGGCAAAACAACUGUUUGUAAAUUACUUUGUAAUAUUUUUCGUAAACCGCCCUAUUUUGUCCACUCGAGAUUUAUCGACUGUAAAGAAUUGAAAGAUACAAAAACAGAUUCAUUUGAAGAGCUGUUAUUGCAAAAUAUUUCUUAUGCUGUAUAUUAUCAACCUUCUAUUUUGAUUUUGGAUAAUAUUGAUUUUAUAACUAAUACAAAAGGAAAUGAAGAGGAAUCUGGACAAGAUUCUAUGAAUGCUACAAGAAUAACAAGUGCAAUUUACAAUAUAAUUAGUGUGUGUCAAGCUCAAAAUUAUAUAUCGGUUAUUGCCACUUGUACGAAUAUUUCUACAGUCGGUAAGAAAUUACGAGAAACCCGAGGUUUUAAUUUUUUUCGUACGACUUUGACGAUUGAGAAUUUAACAAAGGAGGAUAAAAUAAAAAUUCUACAAUCGCAUAUUGAAGAUAAAUUGGAUAUUGCGAAGGAUAUCGAUUGGGCAUAUUGUGGGAACAAAACAGAGGGUUGGGUCACACAAGAUCUUGUCAACUUAGCGAAGAAAGCUGUUUUCGCUGCAUCGAAACGACACGUGAAGGAUCGGUGCAAAGGUCAAGUAACACUGAAGAAUUUUGAACUUCAGGAUUGUUUAGUCCGCUGUAAGCCAAACUCUGUUCUCGGAGUGAAACUAUAUCAUGGCUCGGGAUACGGAUUCUCCCAGGUCGGAGGCCUCGCAGAGGUCAAACACGAUCUCAUUGAGAUCUUGCAUUGGCCAUUGAAGUAUUCUAGCAUUUUUAGCCGAGCGCCCAUCAAAUUACCGAAUGGUAUAUUACUGUAUGGGAUGCCAGGCACUGGGAAAACUAAGUUGGCAGGUGCCUUAGCCCACGAAUUUAAUAUGAAUAUGAUAAGCAUUAAAGGUCCUGAAUUAAUGUCAAAGUAUAUAGGUAGGAGCGAGGAAGCUGUACGCAAAGUAUUCAAAAAAGCAAACCGAACAAAACCAUCUAUUUUAUUUUUUGAUGAAUUUGAAAGUCUUGCACCAAGACGAGGGCAUGAUCAUACUGGGGUGACCGAUCGGGUGGUAAAUCAGUUGCUAACCCUCCUGGACGGGAUUGAGGAGAGGGAAGGGAUGAUUGUUGUUGCGGCCUCCUCGCGCCCCGAUCUUCUUGAUCCUGCACUUUUGAGACCAGGUCGUCUUGAUAAAUCGCUAUACUGUCCGUUACCGAAUGAGAAUGAAAGAGAAGAAAUUUUAAGUGCAAUUUGCCAAGCACAUGAAAUUCAUACACAAGAUUUAGAUUUGAAAUCACUUGCUUGUUUAACUUCUGGCUUUACUGGUGCUGAUUUAAACGCUGCUCUAAUACAAGCUUGGCUUAAUGUAAUCGAUAAAGCCUUAGAAAUAUCUUCGGUAAAUUCGGAACAUGUUAGCAGUUAUUGUGAAAAAAAGAUUUCACAAAAACAACUGAUCGAUUCAAUCAAUUCAACACAACCAUCAUUAUCAUCCGCGGAAGUAGAAAAAUAUAAAAGAAUAUAUGCGAAGUUUACGAGAAAUAAUAAUUAUCCACAUGAUGGAUUCAAGAAUCCAAGGUCAACAUUAGCAUAAACCAAUAUACAUACACGUAUUAUAGACAUUAACAAUUUUUAUUUAAUUUAACA